UGGUGAAGUCGCCUAUAGUAGCGCCCCCAUUCUAUAGAAGUUAUAGAACUCACCACAUCAUCCGCCCCAGUGUGUGUUUUUAGGUGAAGAAAGCAGAGUGAGUGCUGUUUGUUCUUGGUGAGAGAAAGAUAGAGAGAUUCUCGCACGAAUCGCUAGGUAAAACUUGGAAUUUCUGUGUAGCAAUGGAUUCGGAUUAUGGAGUUCCAAGAGAGCUUUCUGAUCUGCAAAAGAAUCGAUCUCUGUACAAACCUGAGCUUCCCCCUUGUCUUCAGGGAACAACUGUGCGAGUAGAAUUUGGUGAUGCAACUGCUGCAGCUGAUCCUUCAGGUGCUCAUGCCAUUGCUCGUUCAUUUCCUCACACUUAUGGUCAACCAUUGGCUCAUUUCCUCAGAGCAACAGCUAAAGGAUCCAAUGCUCAGAUCAUUAAUGAGCACCCUGCAGUAAAGGUUGGGCUGGUUUUUUGUGGUAGACAAUCUCCUGGAGGGACAUAA